CCAGUUACCGACUCACCUUACACUCGAGUGUUCAAGCUUCAAGGUGUUCUCAUUUUCUCUUUUCUGCUCCUCCUCUCUCUCUCUGAAGAUGGCCUUAGCAUCCAUGUUGAAGCUACCUGUGAUCGAUGCAACACCAACCAGUUUCGCAAAUUUUGGUCAAGUAAUCGAGGCAUCUCCUGAUGGCGAAGGAUUUGGGCCUCGAGAUGCCCAAUUAGACCUCAGUCGUGGAAUUCCAAGGUUCUAUAUAUUGCAUCUGGAAAAUAGACCACUUAAGUUUACUAGAAUUACUCAUCAUGCUAGUGUUACUCAAUGUCUUGGUUCAAUUGGUGGUCAUAAUUGGUAUCUUGGAGUUGCUAAAGCUUCUAUUGUAAACCCUAAUGAAGACGAUGGAAAGAAAAUUGUGCAGUCAAAAUCUGGUCAUUCUUAUGUUCCUCCUCAUACUGAUGAUGUUCGGGUUUUCCGUAUUUCGGGUCCAAAGUUUGUGAAACUUCAUAUUGGGACAUGGCAUGCUGGACCAUUGUUCAAAGGGGAUGCUAUGGAUUUCUACAAUCUUGAGCUCACCAAUACUAAUGUAGUGGAUCACACAACACAUGACUUCGAGAAAGAAGAUGGAGUGAUCUUUUCAUUUGAUGAUUAGGUGUAACUAGGUAAAGUUUGAUACUGUAUCCAAUUAGUGGUGAAUAAAUUGGUAAGCGAUUACGUUUGCUACGAGUACAAGUCUGUUGAAGCAUAUUUCCUUUCUCUUACCCGAACAAAAUGCUUCUUUACUUUGUUAAAAAGAUGAGUUAUCUUAUGUACUCUCGAGAAUAUGAAAAGUAUAGUCAAGUCAAGCGGAAAAGUA